CUGAAAUCACUUGUUUGCUUUCCACAAGAGAAGGGUGCCAGGUCUUCAGGUUACCAUCAUUUGCUCACCCAAAAGCACCAAAAGAAAACAGAAACCAUGGGGAGAGACCAAGGUAACCAGGCUAAGGAUGCAAAUGCCGAUGAAAACAAGAUCCAUCUUAAAAGGACAAUGGGCUAUUUAGAAGGGGUUAGCUUCAUAGUAGGCACAAUUAUAGGUGCAGGAAUUUUUGUCUCCCCAACUGGAGUGCUCAAAUAUUCCUUGCUCAAUGUUGGUGUGUCUUUAAUAAUCUGGACUCUUUCUGGCAUCAUCUCGCUGAUGGGUGCUCUCUGUUACGCAGAGCUCAUUAUAGCACUGCCGUUUUCUGGAGGGGAAUACAGCUACAUAAAAAGAGCCCUGGGGUCUCCAGUGGCUUUUAUCUUUUUAUGGACCGCCAUGUUUAAUAGACCAGCCUCAAAUGCCGCUCGAGCCUUGCUGUUUGCCGAAUAUGCCAUUCAACCUUUUUAUGGAGCGUGCCCAGCUCCUGAGAUGGCAAAGAAAUGUUUGGCUUUGGCUGUUCUCUUGUUCCUUGGGAUUCUCAAUGGGCGAAGUAUCAAGAUGGCUGCCUGGGUGCAGAUCGUUUUCACCUUUCUCAAAAUGAUGGCUCUCUCCAUUAUUGCAAUCAGUGGAAUAGUCCUGUUGAUCAGAGGAAAGACAAAGAACACAGCCAGAUUCGAAAAUGCUUUCAGUGGUGAGAUUCCAGAUGCUGUGCAGAUCUCAGAAGCAUUUUUCCAAGGGUUGUAUGCAUACGGUGGCUGGUGGUCCCUCAGCUACUUAGCAGAGGAGAUUAAAAAUCCAAGCAGAAACAUUCUUUGGACUGUGUUGACUGCACUUCCUUUGGUCAUUAUUUUCUAUUUGCUGGUUAACAUUUCAUAUCUGACAGUUCUCACACCGCAGGAAAUUGUUUCCUCAGUUGUUGUAGCAGUGAUGUGGGCUGAGAGAGUGAUCCCUUCAUUUGCUUGGAUAAUUCCUGCAUCUGUGGCUAUUUCUAUAUUUGGUGCCCUCAACGGCAGCGUAUUCACUCUUGGACGGUUGAGCUACGCUGCGAGUCAGUCUGGACAGUUGCCCAUUAUAGUAUCCAUGCUUAAUAUCCACCAUUCUACUCCAGCACCAGCCAUGAUUUUGUCCACCGUUAUUGCAACUGCUUUCCUCAUUUCAUCUGAUCUAAUUGCAUUAAUGAAUUAUUUUGGAUUCUCCAUUUGGCUUAUGACUGGACUAACAUGCGCUAGUGUCAUUGUCCUCCGAUAUCGAGAGCCUGAUCUACUCAGACCAUACAAGGUUUGUUUACCAGUUGCCUUUGGAAUGGUGGCCAUUUCCUUGUUCUUAGUUUUGGUUCCUAUAAUUUGGUCCCCGAAAGUGCAGUAUUUAUAUGCUUUCCUUUUCAUGGUUGGUGGGAUUUUUUUAUACCUACCCUUUAUACAUUUUCAAAUACAUUUUGAGUGGCUUGAUAAAAUGACUUGCUAUCUGCAGCUGCUGCUCCAGGUUUCUCCUGCUAAUUAUAAAUCUGAGUAAUGCCAACAUUUUAAACUGUGCAGUAGGAAUAAUACGUUCCUUGUGCAGCACAGCGACAGCUUCUGAUAUCUCCCUUCUUGCUAUAUAUAUAUAUAUAUAUAUAUAUGUAUAUGCAUGUUUCUGAAAUAUAUGUAGUUUUGUACAUAUACACAAGUGGCUUUUCAUGAAAAGAUUUUGACUGAAUAAACCCUGCAGCUCAGUGUUUUCAACCUUGGCAGUAUUAAGAUGUGUGAACUUCAACUUCCAAGCUGCUGACUGGGGAAUUCUGGGAGUUGAAGUUUGCACAUUUUAAAGUUACCAAGGUUGAAAAAUAUUGCUGUAGCUUUUUCCAAAUCAUCUGAAAAACCUUCUUGGAGUCUAGGAGACUCAGGGGGAUAUAGUGGAAGAAGAUUUAAAAUAAAAAUAAGACUUUAAAAAACCCCAAAAGAAUUUAACAUUGAUUGUAUUUGCCAAGUAAAAAAUGAAAAUACCUUUAACAUAAUUAAGGAGAAAAAUCCUUAAAACCCCGAACAACUUUUAACAAAUCCUUUGUUAAAUAACAACUUUGUUAUCCUUUAUUAAAAGUUGGCAUCAUCAUUA